AUUUUGUCAGUUAUUUCUGUUAUGUAGAUACAUCACCUAUGUGCGUACCUAGUUAAAUAUCUAUACUGCAGCGACAUAGGUAGGUACCUAUAGGUAUAGGUACCUAUACUUGUUACCUACCCUUUUAUUUAUUAUCUACGAAGUAAGGUAACCAUGGCUAUUAUUUAAUAACAAUUUAUUUACAAUAAGUACAUCCAAACAUUUUUAACACUGCAAAUAUUACUAACAUAAGUACAUACCUAUAUAUUUUUUUUUUUUUUUUACACAAAUCCUAAUAAUUACUUACUCAGUAUAAAUUGCAAAUAAAACAAAUUUAUGGAAUCCUUAAUUCAUACAAUCAACAAGUUGCAAGAAGUGUUUGCAGUUAUUGGUGAUCAUAAAAUCAAUUUGCCCCAGAUCGUUGUUGUCGGAUCUCAAAGUUCUGGUAAAAGCUCGGUACUCGAAAGUUUGGUGGGAAAAUCUUUCUUACCGCGAGGAACUGGUAUUGUAACUCGUGCUCCGCUAAUUCUCCAAAUAGUAAGAUAUAAUAAAGAAGAUAGAGAAUCUAUGUUGGCAAUAAUGAAAAAUGAUAAAAUAAAAGAAUGGGCAUGGUUUUUACACAAGCCUAAUACUGUGUUUCAAAAUUUUGACGAUGUGCGUUCUGAAAUUGAAAAUAGAACAAAUUACCUAGCUGGUCACAAUAAUGGCAUAACGCAUGAGCCGAUCGUUUUAAAAGUAUUUACUCUCUUAUAUGACCUAACUUUUGUAGAUUUACCGGGAAUCACGAAACUCCCCGUUGGUGACCAGCCCGAAGACAUCGAUGAACGAAUUCAAGAAUUAAUAUUAAGUUAUGUAAAACAACCAAAUUCUAUUAUUUUGGCAGUGGUUACUGCUAAUACAGACCCCUCUACUAGCGAGAGUCUUAAAAUUGCCAGAAAAAUCGAUCCAGAUGGGAUAAGGACAGUUGCUGUAGUAACCAAGCUAGAUCUUAUAGAUAAGGGUACAAUACAAGACACAAUAGAACUACUUAAUGGUCACAAAAUCCCUGUUAAGCUUGGCAUAAUUGGAGUCGUAAACCGAAGUCAAAAAGAUAUUUUUGACAAUAAAUCCAUGAAAGAAACUUUAAAAUCCGAGAAGGAAUUUUUAAAAGUAAAUUACCCCGAAAUUUGCAAAAAACAUGGAAAUCAAAUGUUAGCUAAUACUCUGCAGAAUAUACUAUUAAUGCAUAUCAAAAAAACAUACCCAGUAUUGCGUAAGGAAUUAUAUGAUACCAAAGAUCGAUUAGAAAACCAACUAAAAACAUUAAAAACGCCGGACCAAAAGGUUUCAUUUGUUUUAGGUUUAUUAAAUGAUAUGUGUAAAUCAUAUUGCGACACAGUAGCUGGAAAUAGAAAAGAUUUAUCCGAAAGCACACUUGUGGGGGGUGCAAAAAUUUCUCAAAUCAUACAUAAUGAAUACGUAGAAAAAUUAGAUAAAAUUGAUCCACUUCUUGAUUUAACCGAUGAAAAGAUAGGUAACAUUUUGUUGAAUUCAGCUGGGACCAACAAAAGUUCAUUUGUUAACGAGAAGGCAUUAGAAAUUAUGGUGGGCAAACAAUUACAAAAUCUUAUUGAACCAGCAAUGAUUUGUGUUGACCUAGUUAGUGCUGAAAUGUUGAGAAUUUUCGAAUCCAUCGAUCAAAGUAUUUUGGAUACACUUAAAAGAUUUCCAAAACUGUUAACUGAAGUAAAAAUGGUGCUGAACCAAAUGAUAGAUUACACAUUAUUGAGCAUUAAAGAAUUUAUAAGAUCAUAUAUAGAAACCUAUCAGGCAUGCUUGAACACAACAAAUCCAGAUUUUAUCUUAGAACUAGUUAAGUCUUCUGAUGUGAUUCAAGAUGCAUUUAUAUCAACUCAUGUCACAAACAAAAAAGGUUUGACAAAUGACGAAUUUGCAAGGGCGGAAGAAGAAAGAACAAAACAAUUAUUUAAACAAAUACUAUCGGGUCUUAACGAUCUAGAUAAAACAAUGGAAUCUUCUAAACAAGUCAAAAUGCAUAAAAAUUUAACACGUUGUUACUUUGAAUUUGUCAGGAAAAAUGUGCGAGAUUUUGUGCCAAAGCGUAUAAUAUUUAAGAUGGUGAAUCAUGUUUUGAAUAAUAUCGAAAAUUGUAUGCACAAAUUAGUGUUUACUCCAUAUGUAGUUAAUAGAUCUAUUGAUCAAGUGCUUGUUGAAGAAGAACAUACAGUUGAAGAUAGACAGAGAGUUGAACGGCUGCUAGUAGCCGUUAAUAAAGCUUUGAAAAAUAUGGCGGAUAUCCAAGUACAAUAAAAUGUGAAUUGAUAACUGUAAUAUAAAUAUAAAAUGAUUUUAAACAAUAAAUUACACAAAUAAUACAUUUAAAAUCCUACAA